UAAGAAAAUCAUAGCAAAAGGGCGUCAUGUGAGAGGUAAAAAACAAGGCAAAAAGGAAAGAGGGUGUGUGUGUGAUUGCAGAGAAAGCUCCCCCCACCCCGCAAAGGUGUGUUCAUAGUGCAGAAGAAUUUUUCCUGAAUGAAAUCCCUUCCUGUUUAGUAAAAAAUCCUCCUUCAGCGUUGAGAAAAAAUUCCCCGGAAGCAGAAAGAAAGAAUCUCUGAGGAAGUGGUGAAGUGCGUGAAAAAAAAGUGAAUUCAUCCCCGUGAAAAGUGCGUGAAUAUUUUCUUGUGUUGUAUCUGCGCGAUGAUUGACAAUUUUAUUUUUUAAACAACGAAAAUUCCUCUCGAGCUAAAGGGAAAAAACCCAAAAAAGUUUUCCUGGACACAAAGUGUUGCAUUUGCAGAGGAAGCAAAAGAAAACUUUUCCAGUAUUGAUUUCGAAUUUCAUCUUGUUCUCCUUUUUUUCGUGUCAUCGAUACUCGCGGAAAUAAAAUUCGCGGAAAAAAACUUUGUGGUCGUCGUGCAAUGGUGGUGGUGCAAGAGAACACAAGGGGGUGAGUGUAUAGUUCUUGAUGUAAAUUAUGCAGAAUAACAUGUAUAUCAAUCGAUGUCUACACAUUUAAUUUAAUUGCAUCCGAUGAUGUUAAUUUGUGGUUGUCAUGGGGGCCCUCCGGUUGUGUGGAGGAGGAUGGCAAGAGGAGAGUCCGUAACUCGUAAUUUUCAGUUUAAUGGGGAUGCGCAUAGGCAGUUGCCCAAUACCCAAAUCCGGGCAUCGCCCACUUUUCCACAGAACUACACUAUAGCAAUUUUAUUUCUUAAACAAUCAUUUUAAGUAAUAUACGGCUUUAUUUCUCAAGUCAACAAAGUUCUAAUUAGCAGAUUGAGAAAAAAAAAGAUGAAUUAACUAACAUUUCUUACAAUUUUCUGUUUUAUUUCAUUUUUUUUCAAAGACACUUUCAUUCAAUUAAUCGUAGGAUUAAGUCUUGGAUUAUUUGCAAAGGAGUUUAUUCACUUUUGCUUGGGUUAAAAUUUGAAUAUUUUAAAAUAAUAAUAAUAUUUCGAGCACAAUUAAGGAACAAGAACAAUGACGACGAACAUUCGAAAAUCACUUGAAUUUUGCCUUGAUUUUUGCACCAAUGUGUCCCACUCCCCUCUAAAAAUGUAGAAUAGCACAUUUUACUAUGUCUCCCUGCAGCUUUUACUCAUUAAAAGCUUUUUGAAAUAAUAAAAUUCAUGCACUUUAGCAUUAUUUAUAUUUUUUGCAAACUCUUUAUAUCUCCACAGAGAUAAAUGUUUAUAAUUGAAGGAAUCUUAUGUAAAUAUUCCAGAAUAUUUAACAAAAUUCCUCGAAUAAACAAGAAUCAUCUUUGAUAUUAGUUUGACAAGUUGACCCAGAAUUUCAAUCCUAAUACGCAAAAACCACAAAUUUAUUGAAUUUUGUAGUUUAUGCUAUUGCAAAAUUUAGUAUUUCUAAUUUCAAUAUUGAUUUUCCCCCAUUAUUUUCCACCUCUCUCCUCACUGUGUAUAUGCAUAAUCAGACCGAUUAGAUCUCCAAAAGCAGCUACCCAACAUAUGUAUGCAUAAAUGUACAUAUGGGUACACAUUUGCAUGGCGUAAAUGUUGGUAGAGAAAGGUGCGCCGGCGCGAUGCUGAAUCUCAUUAGGAAAGUCAAUUGCCAGGGAUGAAGCUUAGAAUUUGAGGGAAUUUUCCGAAUUUUCUUUAAAAAAAUUUAAUUUAAAUGAGUUUAUUAAAAUUAAUUCUUUUAUUUUUUAAAAAUAUUAGAAGAAUCAUCGUCAUAAUCUCAAUUUAAUUUAGAGAAAAGGAUAUUUUUUAAAAGUAUUUCAAGAAUGAUCCUCGUGUUGGAAGAAAUAUAUGUAAUGAUCUUAUCCAUGGAAAUUUAUGCAUUAAUAAAUUUAAGUAAAAAAUUUUAGAACCUCAAACCGUCUCUGGGGCGAUGGUGUUCUGACAAAAAAACGACGUCGACGCCGAUGACGAGUAAUCUUCUAAAGAUAAAACUCGCACAGUGCGUCGUUGAAUUUUCCGAGCAUCAUUUUAGUCCAAUUUGAGUUUCCGUGUCGAGUUGAAAAACAUUUUCUUGCUCUGCGUUUAAUUUUUCUUUCAUUUUUUAUUAUUUCUUUUUUCGUUUUUUCUUAUUAUUUCUUUGAGUUGAUUUUUUUUUCAACAAAAUAAUAAUUCUCUAAUUUUUCGUCAUAUUAUCACUUUGUUUUUUUUUUUAAUUUCAAUUUUCGCGUAUAUUUCGUUAUUUCCAUGUGAACAAAAAGAUCACAUUUUCCUCCGUUUUAUUUUUUUAUCCUCGCCCAUAUUUGCGCGAGAGCAAAAGUGCAAUUAAAAGUUGAAAAAUUAAUGAAAUUUCAUCGUGAAAGGUGGCAAUUUAUUUUUGUGUUGAGUGGAGGGUGCUUCAUUUCAAUACGUUGAAAUCUAUUUUAUCUCUAUUUUAUUGGUUUGUUAUCGAUUUUCCGUGUACCCACCGAUAGCAUAAUUUUUUUGUUGUUCUUCACAUUUUGUGGGGGAGGCAACAUACUUUGUGGAAUUUUUUCUUUAGUGAAAAAUACAAAAUUAAAUAAAUUAAUCCAAAAAAAAAACAUUCACAAUUCUGUAAUAAUCCUCAAUUUUUUUUUUAAUUGAGGAAGUUUUACGUGUAAAGAAUCAUAAAUUCAGUGGCUCUCUGGUUUGAUUCUACAACAUUCAACCCUAAUUGCGCCGCGCAAUUUUAUGAAUGUACUUUAUGAAAGAAAAUUAUAUUCUUUGGAUUAUAAAAUAAACGUGAAUUCCGUGUCAAUUUUAGGAGGAUUUUCUUUGUGUGAGAUAAAUCACGCACUUCCUGGAAGAAUUUGAACUUCUUUUUACCUCAACGUAACAUUUGGUGCACAGGAUUUAUACAAAAAAAAUUUCACAGAGAAAUAGAGAAAGGAAGUUCGAGUGAAAAUCAGUUGGAGUUGUAAAAGGAAAAGAAGCAGUAUUAUUGAUUUUAAUUAUUUCAAGAGAGAAAGAAAGGGAUGACGAACGGCGGUAUGAUUGAAUCCAAUAGUGGUCAACAGCAGAAUGGUAGUGGGAGUAGCAGCAAUGGUGGCGGAUCGAGUCAGGAGGAAUCAAAAACUAAUUUAAUUGUCAACUAUUUACCCCAAAAUAUGACACAAGAAGAAAUUCGUUCUCUCUUCUCCAGCAUUGGUGAAGUUGAGAGUUGCAAAUUGAUUCGUGACAAAGUUACGGGACAAAGUUUGGGGUAUGGCUUUGUGAAUUAUCACCAGAAGGAUGAUGCAGAAAAGGCCAUUAACACCCUCAAUGGACUACGACUGCAAAACAAGACAAUUAAGGUGUCAUUCGCUCGUCCCAGCUCAGAGGCCAUUAAGGGGGCAAACUUGUAUGUUUCUGGGUUACCGAAGAAUCUAACACAGGGUGAAUUGGAAGCCAUGUUCAGUUCAUAUGGUCGCAUCAUCACAUCACGUAUCCUCUGUGACAACAUUUCAGAAUGCCUAUUUGUAACUACAGGUGGAACGAGUAUGCCCGGUGUUGGAUUUAUUCGCUUUGACCAACGCAUCGAAGCUGAACGUGCCAUCAAGGAGCUAAAUGGCACUGUCCCCAAGAAUGCAACUGAUCCCAUUACCGUCAAGUUUGCCAAUAAUCCCAGCAGUAAUAAAUCCCUUCCACCCUUUGCUGCUUAUCUGGGACCUCAAGCAGCUGCAGCGGCUCGUCGUUUCCCGGGGCCAGUUCAUCACACCACCGGAAGAUUUAGAUUCUCUCCAUUGACCGGUGAUUUACUGGCCAACACCGUGAUGCCCGGUAGUGCAAUAAAUGGAUCCGGUUGGUGUAUCUUUGUGUACAAUCUCGCACCGGAAACUGAGGAGAAUGUUUUGUGGCAACUAUUUGGACCAUUUGGUGCUGUACAAUCUGUAAAGGUGAUUCGAGAUUUGCAGACAAAUAAGUGCAAGGGAUUUGGAUUCGUCACCAUGACCGUGUAUGAUGAGGCUCUAUUUGCAAUUCAAGGGCUAAAUGGCUAUACAUUGGGGAAUCGUAUACUGCAAGUUAGUUUUAAGACAAAUAAGACCAAAACUACGUAAAAAGAUUCUUUUUUUUUUUUCAAUUUUAAAAAAUUUUUCUUUGAGUGAAAUAUUUAAUUUAUUUUAAUGAUCAUGAGUUUUUUUUCUUUGAAAAGGUUCUACAUUUAUUUCUUUAUAAAAAUUUUCGAGUUAUAAUUAGUUUAUUUGUGUAAAUUCAAUUUCUUUUAUCUUUGCAAAAUUUUUGUGGUAAGAAUUUUAUGGAUAGUUUUCAGUUUUUUGUGUAAUAUGAAUUUAGAGAAAAAAAAAUAAUAAUGAAUGUAUUGUUUAAUCAAUUUCUCAAUUUUGUAAUUUAUUUGUUGAAAAGUUUAAUUUCUUUAUCUUUACAAUGUGAUUUUGAAAUCGCAUUUAAAAAUUUCUACAUACCUUAUUACAUACAAAUUAAAUUAUAUUAUAUAUUAUUAAAAGAAAAAAUAGAUAAAAUAGGCUAAAAAAAUAUCAAAAUGAAAUUUUCGAUACAAUUUACAGUUAUAAAUGCUUAAUUAGUGAAAACAAGAAGAAAAAAUUAUAUUACAUAAAUGUCUAUUUGCAUAUAUAAACUAUUUUCUUGAUGAGUGGAACUAGUCUGGUAGAAGUUUUCUUUUGUAGAAUGAAUAAUUUAGCAAAAAAUUUGAUUUUCUUAUUAUAUAUUUUCAACUUUUUUUCUUCAUUUUUUUAAUAUUGAAAUUAGUUUUCUUUUUCAUUUCAAAGAACUUUCUCUACUUGUUAUCACGUGUAAUUUAUGUUUUAUUGAGUUAGAAUCGUUAGAUUUAAAAUAUAUUUAGCAACAUAAUGUAUGGCAUGUGUGUCGCUAUUAUUAUUCUUUUGUUAUAUUUUUAUACAAUAUAAAAAAAAAAGAAUUCUUGUGUGAGAAAUUACUUAUAUUAAAAAAUAUCCUUUUACCUAAUUUUCUUUAUGUUUUCUUUAUAUUCACCUUAAUACACAUACUUUCCUAUCUCCUUCUAAAAAUUCUUUUUUUACGUUAAUUUAUUUAUUUAUUUUCUUUUCAGUUCAUCAGUGAUUUUAUUUAUUUAUUACUUAUUAUUUUUUAUUUAAUUCUUGCUCUGCCAUAACAUACACACACAAAAAAAAUCAUUUUGAUGUAAUCAAUUUAACAAACAAAAAAUAUUAUAAAUUUUUAAUGAAAAAAAUCACGUAGUAAUUGAUAAAUUUGAUAUUAUUAAUUACGUGUAUUAGGAAAAAAAAAAGUUAAUGAAAAUAAAACAUACAGAAUGGUGCUUCUAUGUAAUAAAAAGAACAAUAAUAAUAAUGAAUAUGAAGGUAAUGCAUCAAAAUGGCUUUAUUCUGUGUCUCAUUACACGAAACCUUCCAAACCAAAAAAGAAAAAGAAAAAAAUCAACAACUGAUGUGUUAUCUUCAUCUUUUAUUAUUGUUAAUAAUUUUCUAAUAUUUAUAACAAAAGUAUUUAUAUUAAUAAAAUUAUUCACACUAUUUUUACAAUAUAUGUAUUAAAAUAUAACAACAAAAUAUUAUGAGAAAAAAAAAGAAAUAUUUGAAUUAUCGCGCGAUAUAUUAUAAAUUGAUAUUAUAUAAAAGAAAAAAAGAAAAGGAUAAUCAAUGAUUUAUGCAAUUUUUUCCCAAACAUUCCAUCUAUAUGUGUGUGUAUUUUUACUACAAUUAAAAAAAAAAAAAACAGAAAAAUAAUGUAGUAGAUAUUUAGACAUUGUGGGUAUAUAAUACCGUUUUAAAACAAACAAACAAAAAAAAUUGUAGCACCAUAAGAAUGGAAGAAUUCUUUAAAUGUUGUAAUUUACAAAAAAAAAGAGAAAAAGAAAGCAAAUUUAACCCAAAGAAUUUACGCUUAUUGCUAUUUCAUAAAAUCAAAUUUGAAACCUUCCGGUUUUAGUUAAUAGAUUUACAAAAUAUACUAUAUAUAUACAAUACAUACAUAUACACACUUAUUUAAACAGUAUUACUAUAUAUUUAAAGUCAAGAAAAAAAUUUCAUACACGGAGUUCAAAUUUCUAUGAAGAUUUAUGAUUUUUUUUGAGAUUAUUUUAAGGCUUCAAAAGUAAAUUUAUGCCUUGCAAAAAGAAUAUAAAAAAAAUUAAAGAAAAAUCUUAUUGAGUUAAAAAGUUUUCAAGAAAAGCAAAAUAAAUUUUCCUUGUUUUUUGAAUUGUCUUUUUUGACUGAUGAAAAUCGAGUCUAAAAGAAACUAAUUAAAUCUCCAUAGAAUUUUAUUGUCUCCAUUUCAAAAGUGUAUGAAAAGUUUUUGAGUAAAAAAAAUUAAGGGUUGUGUAAAAUGAUUUAAGAAAAAAAAAAUGAGAAAAAGAUUUUUUAGAGGAAAAAACAUAUCGAGAGAUAAAUUUUCUCCUUAUAUGAGGCACAACAGAUCAAUCAAAUAAAUCUUACAAUUACAUUAAUUAUUGCGGUACACUGACCAUGGAUAAAUCCAUUUAAAAUAAAAAUUUUACAUAAAAGUGUGAUCCCACCAUGAAUUACUGAUGUUGCUGCAAAAAACAAAAAUAAAAAAACACGCGAAAGAAUUUCCAAAUGCGAAUGAAACUUAUUCAAAAAAAAAAAUAAAACCAAAGACAUAAAAAGGUUAACAUUUUAGCAAAAAAAAAAAAGAAAAUGUUUUUGAUGAUGGAAUGAGGUGCUUUUUGUGGGGAGUCCUCAAAGGGAAUAAAUUUUCCUCACAAUGGAUGAUUAGAAGAAGAAUAAACAAGAUUGCAGGGUCAAGACAGCAGCGAAUAAAGGAAGAAUUCACCGUGAAAAGCAAUAAAAUUUAGAAAGAUACAAAAAACAAUUGAACUUUUAGUAUUGAAACUAAAAAAAAAUCAAGAAAAGAUGGAUGUAGCAAUAACAGAACACAUUGAGCGCCAAAAGGAGUUUAAUCACUUUCACUACAUAAUCUAAAGUAAAUGCGUUAAACGAUUUUGCAAAAGUUCUUAGGAUCUCUUUUGACUGUUCCAUCGAUCUUACUAUGCUAACUCUCAAUUCCUAAUUAUUAAAUUUUCAUUAAUUUCAUUAAUCCUUCAAAAAUUUCCAGCAAAAAUUUCCUUUCAAAAAUUAUCAAUAAAUCAAAGUGAAUAGAAUCCUUUUUUUAAUGGAAAAUUCAACGGAAUGAUGUCAAGUACCUAAAUUAUUAUACAUAAUAGAAAUAAUUAUUAAUAGAACGAGAACUAAAAUGCAAAAUCUCUCAAGAAAAUAAAAUUCAGAUGACUAAAAAAAAAUCAUUCUCUGGCGCGUCUCGGUGUGAUUGGAAAAAAUUGCAUUCCUUUUGUUUAUUAGCUCAUCCAUGAAUCUUCACAAAAUAUGCACAAAGGAGGGAGUUAAAUAAAUAAUUCUGAAUGGGAAGAACACAAACAAGUGAGAAGAUAAGGAGGAAAAAAUUAAAUUUGGCCUAAAAUACAUUCGCGAGAAGAAGUAUAAAGAAGAAAUGUUAGAAGUUCCAAAUGCAAUACAACGAGUGAAAUUACUAACUUAAAAAAAAUGAAGAAAAACGUAAUUUGAAAACAAGAUUAUGAGAAGAAAAGAAUUAAAUUUUAUAGACUAAAUGUGACAAUUCGCAAAAUAAUGCAAUAAUUAUUUUAUACGAAUUUUUAAAAAUAAUAAACAAAAAGAAAUAGAUUUCAACUGAAUAAUGUUACAAUUUAGCAUUCAAUGGCAAACACACUAAAGAAAAAAUUCCUUACAAAAAAAAAUGAUGUAUUUACUAGAAGAUGUAAUCCGUAGAUUAACAGCUAAAUUAUUUAGUUAAAAAAAAAAACUAUUAAAUGUCACGCUUAAAGUUUUAGAAGAAUCAAAAAGGAACAAAAUGUAGAGCUUAUUUAAUAUUUCUGUUUUAAUAGAAGUUCUUCAUUUUUUUUUGUUUUGAAUGUAGUAAAUUGUAAUUAAUCUUUAAUCCUUUUAAAUUUUUUAAUAAAAAAAAACAAUUUAAUAUAUAGAUACGAAAAAAGAAAUUCAAUGUAAUUUAUACAUACAUAGUUUCAUUGAUAGUUCCGCCAAUUGCGCCAGAUUAAAUGUUGUGAAGAAAAGAGAGGGAAAACGUCAAUUCAUUAGCAAAAGUAAAGAAAAAAUUAACAAGACGAAUGUAUUUCUCUUUUGGUGCAUUUAAAAAAAAAAUAAUUAAAAAGUAAAUUUUAACGCGUAGUGAAGAAUAACUAAAUGUUCGAUUAACUGUUCUAUAUUAUAUACAUUCAUGUUUUUAAUGAAAAACUGAUUAAUUAUAUAUUUCUCGCAUCAGAUACAUUUUGGUUAAUUCCUAUGCAAAAGAACCAAUUUAUUCUGCUUUCAUUUCCUCCUUUUUUUCUUAUUAAUUCUUUUUUUAUGAAAUAACAUUUGAAAGAAUUUCUUAUAAAUUUGCAAAGAAUAAUAUUAAAAAAAAGUAUAUUUAAUUUCAAUUCAAAAUAAGAUAUAUAAAUUAAAAUGAUCCUAAUAAGGGCAUUUUGAAAAUUCGUAAUGUAUCUUUCGUGUUUCUUAAAAGAAAAAAAAUAAGAAAAUUUACUUAAAAUUCAAGGUAAUAUAAUAAAGAAAUAGAUGAUAUACAAAAGUUCGUUCUCAAAGGUGAACAAUGAGAACGAUAGAAAAAAAACAGAACGUAUACUGUCUAUUCACUUUGUCAAAUAAAAUAGAAGAAAAAAAUCAAUUUGUAAUUUAAUUCUCUCAAAAAAUUUAUUGAAAGAAAUUUUUAAAACAUUUUAUAAAAAAAAUAAUAUUAUUGUAAUUUCUUCGUGUUUACCAAAAAGAAAAGAAAAAAACCUACACACGAUCCUCUCGAGAGAAAGAGAAGGAAAGAAAAAGAAGGAUCGUUUAACAUACAUUAUAGAGGAAAAUUUUAUUGAGAAAACACAUUUUCAGAAUAGAUACCAAUGUGAAUCAAAGAAAAGAAAAAAAAACGAAUGAAAAUGA